AUGUAUCCGGCACCAACCGAGGUCAAGGCGGAGGCCAAGGCGGAGGUCAAGGUGGAGGCCAAGGCGGGACGGCCGGCCAACGCCGAGGACGACAGCGUGGAGGAGCAUGCGCACGGGCAUGGCAAUGCUGGACCACGGCUUGGGCUGCUGACCAAAGAGGUUGUGGCGAGCAUUGCUGAUGCGGACCACAACGUCAUGAUUGCCUUCUCUAACUAUCUGUUCAAAGACCUGGCUCUCAAUCUGUAUCUGGGGGCUGAGGAGGCCGGCAUCUCCAACAUCCUUGUCUGCGCCUUUGACGACAAGCUUGAGGAGUAUCUGGUGGGCAUGGGCGUGCCUGUGGCGCUCCUUGACGCUGAAGUUGUGUUUGCCGACUCGGACCAUUUGCGGUCGGCGACGUUCAAGCAGCUCAACCGGCUCAAGUACGCGGUCAUUACUGAGAUUGUCUCGUGGGGCUACUCGGUGCUUGCGACCGACGUCGAUGCUGUGGUCAUGCGCAACCCGUUUCCGUGGCUCAAGCUCUACGGCCAGCACACAGACAUGAUGCUCUCGACGGACCGAAUUCAUGCGCCGGACAUCAGCGACGGGCCGGACAACGAGAAGCAGAACUACUUGCACUACUACUGCAUCGGGAUCAUGUACAUCCGGCCGACACCGGCGUCGAACGCGUUCCUUUCGGCGUGGGUCGACGCCAUGCACGCCGACCUCGACAUUCUCGACCAGGCUGCGCUCAUGCAGUUGAUGAACGAAGGCUUUGAGCGGACGGACCGACUCUCGCGAGUCUCGCUAGUGUGGAACAAGCGGUUGCGGACGGCCGACCUACCGACGCUGCUCUUCUGCAACGGGCACGUGUUCUACACACAGCGGCUCCCGCAGCGGCUCGGGUUCUUCCCGUUCAUGGCCCAUUCGACGUUCCAGUUUGGGCGGAUGGACGGCAAGAUCAUGGCCAUGCGGCAGCAUCAGCUCUUCCACGACCCACCCGAGUACUACCGCGGCAAGUUCCUGGCCUUUGACCUCAAUAUUCCGUCGGACAUGCUCGAGCCCGAGUUUGUGCCGUCCAAGGCUGUGCCGACCAAGCACAUUGCGCUGGGCAAGCUGCAGGUGGCGCAGGUGAUGCAAGCCUUUGCCCUUGCGCGCGCCAUGGGCCGCAUCCUCAUUCUCCCGCGGGUCCAGUGCCUUUGCGACACGUACUGGUGGUUCCUCGGCGACGGUUGCAUGCUGAGUGGGACCAAAGACAUGGGCUUCCCCACCGCCUGCCCUCUCGACCACAUCCUCAACCCGUAUCACCUCCGGGUCGACUCGGGCCUCGAUUUUCGCGAGUCGAGCUUCCUGGAGAACCCCAAGGUUCCGGCGUCGCUCCUCCGCUCGCGGGUGACCGUCACCUUUUGCGCCGACUGCGAGGCCGACGCAGCCCACGCCGCCGACGAUCUCGACGCCGACGCCGACUCGCACUUUUCGCUCGACCCUUCCGGCCAAGUGGUGGCCCACGACAACGACGUGCUCCACUUCCACGCGCCGACUUCGGACGCCGGCUGGGCCAAGCGGCUUGCCGACUACGACGAUGUGGCCGUCAUCCACUUUUCGUCUGUCGACAAGGCCCUGACCGGCCUCGUCAAGUCCGGUGACGUAGACUAUUUUAAUCGGGCGUACUUUAAGAGCGCUGCCGCCUGGUGCUGCGCUGAGGACAUCGGCGCCAUCAAGCUCGUCUACGAUAACGACCUGUUUAGUCUCGCUCCCUGAGCCGCGCCGAACGCCGUGUCGAGCGCCGCGCCGGCGGAGGGCUUUGCGCCUUUCGCGCCGGCGAGCGUGCUGCCCGCUUGCGCGAAGGUCGAGGCUGCGGCGACGGUGAGCGUGCCGGCUCGCUUCUUGCACAAGACUUGGUAAAGGCAUUGACGAUGG